AUGACUAUUUAUUAUGAUACUUUUUUGACUUUUGGAUUUCCGGCAUUUUAUCUAUUAUUUAUUUUGCUAUUCCUUUUUCGAUUAAAAGAAGUUAGGGCAAUUUCAAAUGUUAAUCAGAGAAGUUGGAAAAUAUCGAUGUUUUUCCAAGUAUCAAUAAUUAUUGGAUUAAAUAUUUCUUGUACUCUUCUCUUUUCAAUUAUGCAGUAUUUGCCCAUAAGUCAAGCAUUAAUUUUGUUUGGAUAUUAUACCAAUUAUUUUGUUUUUGGUAAAUUUGAAAUUUUUUUUCUGUUUUUUAAAAAAUUUUUACUUCUAUGA